UAAGAAAUAUUUGAGCGCCAAAAUCAUGUUCUUCGUUUAAAUAAGUUGACUUUGCGCUAAUAUAAGUUAUUAAAAGUAUUUUAUGUGAAAAGUGUAAUUUUAAGGUAAUUUAAUAAUAAUGGGUAUAACUGGGCUAAUACCAUUUCUUGAAAAAGCGUCUUCAAAAGUGCAUUUAAAGAAUUUGCAAGGAUCUACAGUCGCGAUAGACAGCUAUUGUUGGCUGCAUAAAGGUGCUUAUUCAUGUGCCCACCAAUUGAUACGUGGAGAAGAGACGACAAAAUAUUUGAAUUAUUGCUUACAAUAUGUGGAUAUGAUAAUUUCGUAUAAUAUAAAGCCUAUACUUGUUUUUGACGGUCGCCAUUUGCCAGCUAAAGCGCUAACGGAGAGUCGACGACGAGAAUCUCGUCAAACUUCCAAAAAGCGCGCUGCAGAACUACUAAGACUGGGACGAACUGAAGAAGCUUAUUCGCAUAUGCGUCGCUCUGUAGACAUUACACAUGACAUGGCAUUCGAACUGAUUAAGGAGUGUCGAAAACGCAAUGUUGAUUGCAUAGUAGCACCAUACGAAGCCGAUGCUCAAAUGGCUUGGCUAAGUAAAGUCAAUAUUGCACAAUAUAUUAUAACAGAAGAUUCAGAUUUAACACUUUUUGGUGCCCAGAAAAUAAUAUUUAAACUUGAUCGAACAGGAGCUGGUUUACUUGUUGAAGCUGACAAAUUUCAUUUGGCAAUGGGAUGCUGUGAGGAAAAAUAUAAUUUUGAAAAGUUUAGAAGAAUGUGUAUUUUGUCUGGAUGUGAUUAUCUUGAUUCUCUACCAGGCAUUGGACUUGCCAAAGCUUGUAAAUUUAUACUGAAAACAGAACAGGAUGACAUGUGGCUAGCGUUGAAAAAGAUACCGCAAUAUUUAAAUAUGAGACAACUUGAGGUUGACGAUGAAUAUAUAGAAAAUUUUCUCAAAGCCGAAGCAACUUUUAAAUAUAUGUAUAUUUAUAACCCACUUGAACGCAAAAUGGAACGCUUAAAUCGAUUGGAAAACAUACAGGCAGACUUAAGAUAUUGCGGUAAUGCAGGUACACCUUUAGAAAGUGAUGAACAGGCAUUCCAUUUAGCACUUGGUAAUUUAAAUCCAUUCACGUUGAAGAAAAUCGACGUAUGGAAUCCUGACUAUACUUUAAGUACUGCACCGAUACUCGCAAAAUCUGUCAAAAGUUCUAAACAUCCAAGUAUCUGGCUGACGAAAGAUAAAUCUUUUAGUGUUAAACAAAAUGAAAAUCAAGAAAAUAAUUGUGCACUUAUCGUUAAAAAAAUUGAUUUCAACGCUCAAGCAAUUCAUAACGAAAUUAACGCAAACAUUCAAAUCGAGAACGCAAAACCCGCAGAGUCAGAAGUGUUUGCAAUGUAUGUGAAUAACACAAACAAUAAUCUUACAAUAGCGAAAAGAAAACGAAGUGAUACGGAAACUCAAACAACAAACGAUAUUGAUAGUUCUGCAACAAAAUCUUCAGAAGUUAACAGAACUCGUCUCAACCCAUUUCUUAAAAUCACACCUGCGGAAAUGCAUUCGCCGCAAAGAAUAUGUGAAAGUGAUUCGUUGCUUAAAGUAUUAAGUCCUAAAAAGCAUGACGAAAAAGUAAAAAAUAUUCAACUAUUGGGCAGCAUUAAGAAGAACAUAUUUGAAUCGGAUAUAAAUAAUAUUAAUGUAGAAGUUAAAAGCCGUUUAUUUGCUGUAAAUUUAAAUCAAGCAAAUAAAAUAUAUACCAACUGCUUAGACUUAUCAAAUGAAAUUGAAGAAAUUGAUGAAAUCUCUAGACAAAAGCAAAUAAGUCAAGCGCAGCUGUAUCAUUCACCCUCUCCCAGAAAAUGUAAUAUCUCUUCACAAAACAACAGUAAGGAAUUGUCCUCCAGUUUAACUGAUAGUGGCUUUGUUUCGAACUCAUCAAAUACAAAUAAAUUUAUUAAUAAUAAUAGCGAUGUAGUCAAUGUAAAUGAAUCUAUUGUUCUUUCCGACAAUGAAAGUGAUAUUCAGUCUAAUAAGAGUACCGAUAUGGACAAUUCACAAACUCGCGUUAUUAAAAACUCAAUGCCACGUUUGGGUCUUUCGAAAAAGCAAGAAAGUGUUUUCAAAUCAAAAAACAAAUUAAAGCCAACAAAAAUCUCACUAGACGCAGCGAAAAAUUCAACCCAAACUCGGCUAAGUAUGUUUGGUUUUCAAAAAAGGCCCAGUUUAAAAUAAUGUUCCUGUUUUUUUAUUUUUAUUAUUGUUGGUUUUGAUUUUUAUGUUCUAUA